AUGGGACUACUCUUUAUCUUCACACUCCUCCUCGGGGCAGAGCUUUCAAUAGCUAGUCCACACCCUAUGGUCACGCCAAGUCCGAUUCUAAAGCGCGAUGACACCUGGUCAAUGUCCGCCAGUUUAUGUGAACUGAAUUAUGUUGUUACUGCAAUAUCAAAGAUGGAACAUCCACCUGCCACCUACGGACCUCUCAACUACACAUCCUGGUGCUCUAACCUCCUCCGCCCCUAUACCGUUUAUGCAACGUACACCACCCUCUCCAAAACCAGCACACAUAUAAUCUCCACCGCAAAAGUUAUCACAACUACCGACGGCCUCUCCCGCACCUCCACACUUCUCUGCCCAACUCCCUUGGCAUCCCCUCCGCCCUCGAGACUCUGCGGAGUCUGGGCAGUCAUGAACAGAAAAUACUCGGAAACGGCGUUUUUGAACCGUGUGACUGAUAUUCCGAAUGCAGAGACAUGUAUGCAGAAAUGUUUGGCUGACAGCAAGUGUAAGAGCUUUUUGUAUGUGAAUACGCCGUCUGGGACUGGUUGUACGUUCUAUAGUUUGCCGGUAGCCGACGGUGUUGAUGACCUCUUGACUACUGGGAGUUAUUACGAUCGUGGAUGCCCCGAGCUGCUUCCUCAUGAUUGUCUCACUACCCCACCAAGGCCUACCAAGGGCCCUGCCCUUGCGAAACGCGAUGAUUAUUUUCCAGUAGAGGAGAUACCAUACCUCGGCAAUGAGAUCGAUGUGUGGAUAGGCUACGUUGGAAAUAAAUCAAGGUCCACAGACGACGACACAAACCACGGAGACAAGAACGGUGACUACGACGAGCUUUUUGCAUUUGACGACUAG